CUCAUUCCUCAUGUCUAGCACAGACAAACUCAACAUCCUCCUGGUCGGUGCUGGUGGCCGUGAGCACGCCAUUGCUUGGAAGCUUGCUCAGUCUCCGCUUGUCGAGAAGAUCUUUGUAGCUCCCGGUAACGGAGGUACUACUACCAAUGAGAAGCUCUCUUGCGUCAAUAUUGGCGUCAGUGACUUCAGCAAACUCACCGAGUUCGCUUUGAACAACAAUGUCAACUUUGUUGUUGCUGGUCCUGAGCAACCUCUGGUCGAAGGAAUCCAAAAUGUUUUCAAGAAGAUCGGUAUCCCUGUCUUUGGCCCUUCUUUGAAGGCUGCUGCCAUGGAAGGUUCCAAAACUUUCUCCAAGGACUUCAUGAAGAAGCACAACAUUCCUACCGCUGCAUUCGAGAACUUCACUGAUUUCGAAAAGGCAAAGCAAUACGUCCAAUCUGUUGGCCACCGUGUUGUUCUUAAGGCUUCUGGACUUGCCGCCGGCAAGGGUGUCUUGAUUCCCGAAACCACUGAAGAAGCUUUGGAUGGCCUUAAGGCUAUCAUGGUAGACAAGGAAUUCGGUGCCGCUGGAGAUGAAGUCGUUGUUGAAGAAUACCUCGAAGGUGAAGAACUUUCAUUCCUCGCCUUUUCCGAUGGUUAUACCGUCAUUCCUCUUCCCCCUGCCCAAGAUCACAAGCGCGCAUUGGAUGGAGAUCAAGGUCCUAACACCGGCGGUAUGGGAUGCUAUGCCCCUACCCCUAUUGGUACCAAGGAUCUCAUUGACGAAGUCAAGCGUACCGUUUUGCAACCCACUAUUGAUGGCAUGCGACGUGAUGGAUACCCCUUCGUCGGUAUGCUUUUCACUGGUAUUAUGUUGACUGCCACUGGACCCAAGGUCCUGGAAUACAAUGUUAGAUUUGGCGAUCCCGAAACUCAGGUUGUCUUGCCCCUCCUCAGCGAUGAUACUGACUUGGCUGAGAUCAUGCUUGCUUGUGCUGAAGGUCGUCUCGAUGCUGUUCAUAUCGGCAUCAAGCACGCCUUUGCCGCCACUGUCGUUCUCGCAUCUGGUGGUUACCCCGGCAAGUACGAAAAGGGCAAGGAAAUCACCAUUGGUGCCACCCCUGAAGAUGUUAUGGUCUUCCAUGCCGGUACCACCAUGAAGGAUACCAAGCUUGUCACUGAUGGAGGACGUGUUUUGGCCGUCUCCGCUGUCGCCAGCACUCUUCGUGAAGCUGUUGACAAAGCUUACCAAGGCAUUACCUCUGUCAACUUUGAUGGCAUGUACUAUAGAAAGGAUAUUGCUCACCGAGCCUUCAAGCAUAGCGAAAAGAAGGAUACUGGAAUCUCUUAUGCAUCUGCUGGUGUCAGUAUUGAUGCUGGUAACUUGCUUGUCCAAAAGAUCAAGUCAUUGGUCAAGUCUACCAAGCGUGUCGGUGCUGAUUCAGAAAUCGGUGGAUUCGGUGGUAUCUUUGACCUCAAGGCUGCUGGAUACAGAGAUCCUAUUUUGGUUUCUGCUACUGAUGGUAUUGGAACCAAGUUGAAGAUCGCUCACGACUGCAAUAUUCACAACACUGUCGGUAUUGAUUUGGUUGCCAUGAACGUCAACGAUCUCAUUGUCCAAGGUGCCGAGCCUUUGUUCUUCUUGGAUUACUUUGCGUGCGGUAAGCUUGAGGUCGAUGUCGCCAAGGACUUUGUUGCUGGUGUUGCUGAAGGAUGUCUUCAAUCUGGCUGUGCCCUUGUUGGUGGUGAGACUGCUGAGAUGCCUGGUCUUUAUGCUCCUGGCGACUACGAUGCUGCUGGUUUCACAACUGGUGCCGUUGAUCGUGAGAACAUUCUUCCUAGAAUGGACCAGAUCAAGGCUGGAGAUGUCCUUCUUGGUCUUGCAUCUUCUGGUGUCCACUCCAACGGUUUCUCGUUGGUUCGUAAGAUUGUUGGUACUCAACCUGGUCUUUCAUACCACUCCCCAUGCCCAUGGGAUAAGUCCACUACCCUUGGUAAAGCUUUGUUGACUCCUACUCGCAUCUAUGUCAAGCAACUUUUGCCCGUUGUUCGCAAGGACUUGGUUAAGGCUAUGGCUCACAUCACUGGAGGUGGUUUCAUUGACAACAUUCCUCGUGUCCUUCCUGAGCAUCUUGGUGUCCAGAUCGAUGCCACUUCCUGGCCUUUGCCUGACGUUUUCAAGUGGCUCAAGGCUACUGGAAAUGUCUCUGCCUACGAACUUUCCCGCACUUUCAACUGUGGUAUUGGUAUGGUCAUUGUUGCCGAUCGCACCGCUGUACCUGAAAUUACUAGAUUAUUGAGCGAGGCUAACGAGCAAGUGUUUGAAAUUGGCUCUCUUGUCGAAAAGUCUCAGAUUGGCGGUGAAGAGGUCGUUGUUAACAACACUGAUAAGGCAUGGUAGAAGACAAGCACGUCUUUCGUGAACCAUUUGCCUCAAGUUUAAUUUUUCGUUUAUUUUUUUGUUCAUACACUCCAUCUUUCAAAACUUUCCCCAAUAAAAAAUCACCGUCGUUUAGAAUGUUUCUUUAAUUUUCGCGA